CAGAAUUUUGGCCAAACCCAAUUACUCCCUGCACAAAAUAGAAAGAGGAACAAAGGAUCUUUUCUCUUCAAUUCUUUUGAAUCAAAUUAGUCUAACAUACCAUUCUCCUUCACUCCAUGCGCAACAUCAUCCUCCGCACAAGACUGAAUAUCUCUCUCUCAAUUUAGAAUGAAACAAUAUCUCUCUUCCUCUCUUUCAAGACCGUAGACCAGCUAGAGAAGGACCCAAAGUUUGCAUGUGAAAUUCCUCCUCCCUACCUCUCACAAACCGUGAGCUACAUAAGAGGACAACGACCAUCCAAGCUUUCAUUCCUUCAUCUCAUGGUCCGACCGUUUUCCAUUGAGCGAGCAGUAUAGGAUUUUCUCUAGUUUCUGGUCUCUCCUCCAUCCCUUCGAUUUGAUGAAGAUCGUCCCUUGCAUGCAGCUCAAAUCCGUCAUCUUGAAGAAUGGAAAGGUGAAAGAAUUUGUACAUCAUUUGACCACUGUUUUCCUUGGCCGAUUCGUGGACCUAGGUUGUCUUGCAAGUAGAACAACCUCAGGAGCAUUAAUCGAUGUACCUAAGGGUGAGUUGAUAAUGCGCGUGGAUGGAGAGCAAACAAUAUUCAAGGUACUUAUAAAUGAAGCUCCUCCAUUGCCUGCUUCUCAACCUAAGAAUCAAGUCAACUACAUUGCGGAGAAAAAGGUUGAGGAAGGGAACAAGAAGGAAAUCCAUCAGCGGCAUGAAGAACAAAAGCCAAAUGUUAAGAUGGAAAAGCCCAAGAGCAAGAAAAAGCAUGUGAAAACUAAGUUUAAAGUUCCUGAAAGCCCUCCUCCUUAUCCACAUGAAUAUGAGUAUAACCAUAGCAGGACACAAAUUCUGAGCAAGGGUAUGGUGUCAUCACUAAGCCCGAGUUACCAGCCACCAUGAUCACAUAGUGUACGUCAGACUAAUGACGUUAAACAAGCGCUUGUUGGGAGGCAACCCAAUGGAUUUAUGCUUUUAUUUUAUUUUGCUACAUUUAGUUUUUGUUUUUGUUUAUUUUAUUUUAUCUUAGUUUUAAGUUUUUAUCCAUGGAGAUGUAUAUUUGAUGAAUUUCUUAUGCUGCUACUUGUUAUUAUUACGUGCUCCUUAUCUCUGACGUGUAGUCUAUUGCUGGGGACAACAAUCUUCUAAAUAUGGGAAUUGGGGCCGCACACGUGUUAUCAUGAGGUAUCACAUACAGAGGAACAAUAACAAGGAGCAACAGAAAGUCAGAGAAUUCAUGUAUACUUCAGGGAAGUUAUUCUAACCUUUCCAGUUUAUUUUUUUUUAGUAGUAAUUUUUUUUUAGAAUUAGUGAUAAUUGAUAUGUGAAAGCAUGUUCAAAUUUAGAUGUGCUACUCAGUCAAUUUCUUGAUUGAAAAUAAGGAAGCGUUGUAUGAUAUGUAUUAUUGCCAUGGCAUUGCAUAGAGCAUGAAUAGAGAUUAUGAUUGCUCGUUUGUUGAUUUCUAUGUUAAUAAUGGAUAAUGAUGCUUGAAAUGAAAUUAGGAAGAGUCUAGUUUGAUACCACAGCUGGUGAGGUUUGAGCCUAUACAGUUAAAUUUUUUAGAGAGCCCUCACUGCGGUAGUACUCUAGAACUUGAUCUAAUUCUCUCCAAUGCAUGUGUUGAUUGAGGUGAUAAAGACAUUCUAUUCUACUAGCUUAUGGCCAAAUAGUCACUUGAAAUUUUUUUCAUUGCUAGCCAUGUUACUGUUUUUGUUCAAUUACCUGAUUAAACUGUCUAAACCACUUCCACCAGAACUUACCUUGAUUGAGAUUGAAAUGUCAAUAAUCAAAAGUUAGAAGUGAUUGAGGUAAGAUCCACUAGAAGUUAAGCAGUUGAAAGGAAAAAGAAAAGAAAAAUAGUCCUCAAAAGAAUUCAAAGAGGACAGAAAAAUAAAUUAAAAAAUUGAAAAGAAAUUAUGAAGAAAAAGGUGAGAAAAGGGAUGAAUCAUGAAUUCAAGUAAAUAGUGGAGCUGAAAUAUGAAUUGAGAUAUGAUUGCGUCUUAAUGAAAAUGGUGUUUCAAUCUCAACGAUUAUUCAGCUACUUUCUAAAUGAUCCUAACCUUAAGCCGAGCCAAGGUAUAACCGUGAGAAGCCCUUUUGAUCAGUCAUGCAUGUGUUGGCAUUCCUCAUCUUCAGGAACUUGAGAAUAAGAUCAAGCUUAUGGUAGUGCAACAGCUGUGAUGGAAUGAUCGAUGAUGAAUACCCCCAAACACUGAGUGAUGAGCGAAUAUUAUGUCUUGUGAGGGGUAAUCAAGUUAGAUUCUGCUAUUUGAAGGAAGUUGAUAAGCAUCGUUUUAAGUUUUGACUUGGAAAUCAUUCAUGCUUAGUAUAGUAAUCGUUAUGAUUGUCUGUGCAAUGUUAUGCUUGAUUAAUUGAAUCUUGCUUCCCAUGUUUUAAUCCUGUUUAUUGCUGAGGACAACAACAUCUAAAUUUGGGAAUUGUUUGAUAUGCGUUCAGUAUAUGAUGCUUUCUAACUUAAAAGAAGUAAGGAAUUAAUCAUAAAUGUGUGAAAAUAAGUCAUAAAUGGAAGAAAUAUUGAUUAUUCCUUCUCAAUCAUUCUCUAACUCAAUUUAUGUGUUUUAAUAGCAUGAAACCCCAAAAAAAGAAGAAAUGAGAGAAGUGCAGUUUUCCUCUGUUCCUUGGCGCAAAGUGCUCGGCAGUUGGCGCAUUGUGCGCCAGGUGACAACUUCAACUAUGUUUUCCCGUGCAAUUUGCGCCGGAGUUGGUGCAAAGUGCGUGGGAGAUAUUUUUAAUUUUAAUCUGAUGCGAAUUACUCUAAAAGGAGGCCCAAUUGGAGAGCAAUUGGAAGGAGGUUUUCCUAAAACCUAAUAAAAAGAUCAGAAACAUAAGGAGAAGGGACUCUUUGACAACAAGGAAGAGAAAAACAACAAAGAGAGAGAGAAUUCUUGGAGUUUCAAAGAUUCGAACGAUCAAGAUGGAAGAUCUUUAUCUUCUUUCUCUUCUUUAGGUUCUGAAUUUUAUUUUCUUUCAUGUUUACUUUGUCAGACAUGAAUAUGUCUGGCUAGUUUAAUUAUUGUGGUAAUGGUCACAACUCUUUAUGUGAACCCCUUGUAGUUUGAUUAAAUUUAUAUUCAUCUAUGUUAAUUGAGCUAUUUUACCU